AUGAUACACCACGGUGUAGCUAGAAAGGAAAGUAGUGGUGAAAAUUUAAAUAGCGUUUCUAAGGAAGUAGAAGAAAUAGUUGCUGUUAGAUGCAUGCCAAAUGGUAUUGAAAAGCAUGAGAAAAUGGUUCUUUUAAACCCGGACGAUUACAGCAGUUGGAAUUAUUUGAAAGCAGUCUUUUUGGGUUCAAAUGACAAAGAAGAAAUAAAAAGACAGUUAGAUUUGACCCAAGAGGCAAUUCAAAUAAAUCCAAAGAGCUAUGCGGCAUGGUUUCAUAGAUAUUUAUUCUUUAAAAAGCUGAAGUCUAACUGGUUUAAUGAACACAAACUCUGUGCCUUAUUACUCAAAUUUGAUCCUAGGAAUUUUCAUUGCUGGAAUUACUGCUUGAAAAAUGAGUUUGAAAUCAAUGCAGAUCUCCACAAUCCAACAUCUAUGCAUUUCAAACCAUUUAUGGAGAAUUGGUUGUUUAUAGACCCUGAUGACGAGAGUGUUUGGAGAUCAUAUGAGAAAAGAAGAGCUCAGACAAUGAGGGGGUAUCUUGGAAUAAUCCGAAAGUACAAAAAUAAGAUAGAAGUUAUCCUAGAAAAUACAUUUAAAGGAAGAAUGAGUAUUAAUCAGAAAAGAGUAGAAAUUAUGUAUCCUGUAAGGAGAGUUGUUACAGACUUGAUUGAAGAACCAGAGGAAAUACUAUUAAAUAGUGAAUGUUUAAAGGUUGAAAAGGAAGAAUUGCCUUGGAUUGUUGAUGAAGUAUUGAGAUUAAGUCCAGAAUGUAUACAUGCACUCAAAAUUAAAAUGCAAUACACAAAUCAGGCAGAGGAGAGGCAAAAAAUAUCAGAAAUUCUUCAAGGAGUUGAUUCAAUGAGAAAAGAAUAUUACAAAAUACUGGAAAACAAUACAUUCAUAACCUAUAUCAUUUCAUAUAAAAGUUAA